GACUGGAGCAGCAGCGUUGCUUCAUCACAGAUCAAAAGGCAACGAGUGACACUCCUUUAAAUCAUCUCCUUCCCUCGGCAGCGGUGGAGAGGGCGCUGACCUUUAACAUGCACCGUUUCAUCACCAAUGAACGUGUGUAGCUGGGAAUAUUUCUACCCGGACAGUUUUUAACAUACAGCGAAGAGGUCAAGCGACACGUUUGCAAGAUGAGGCCGCCGGUGGAGGUCAGCGUGUUUCUCCUUUCUCUCCUGGCUCCUGGAGUUUUGUACACAAUGAACAACAUCCCUGCGUUUCAGGAGCCUCUUCCAAUCCUGGGACUGGGGAUGGUCAUCCUGGGAUCUGUUCUUCUCCUCCUCCUCCUCGCUGUGCGACACAAGACGAAAGUGGACCCUUUAUUCUACGUGUUUGCAGAGUUUUCCUUCACCUGCAUGGUGGGCUUGACUAACGCGUUAGAGCAGGAUGGGUUCAUUUCUGGCUUCAUGAGCUUCUACAUAAAGAAGGGGGAGCCUCAUCUGAGCACUGCCUAUGCUGUGAUGAUGUCUUACUGGGAGGGCGUCGUUCACUUCAUCCUCUUCCUCACUAUCAUCCACCGCAUGUUUACAGGGAAGUCCUAUCGUAAUCUGGGUCUGCUGUGGGUCGGCUCCUCCAUCGCCCAUCAAAUUGUUCUCAUCCCAGGAGUCGUCAUCGGUAAGUAUGGGUCAAACAUUCGACCGGCCUUUUGGAGGAACAUCCCCUUCUUUUUGGCGCCUUUCUGGGCAGCGUCCCUGCUCUUCAGCAGACCUACAGAGAUGCCAGUCAUCACUGCAGACAAGGUUGCUGCAGAGCAGAAGAAGAGUCUCCUGUCUCGACCUGUCGACCUGCUUCUGUCUCUUCUGUUACUGGGCUGCAUGGCCUUCUCUGUUUUCAGAGGCUUUGUGGUGCUGGACUGUCCUCUGGACUUCUGUUUCACCUACAUCUACCAAUAUGAGCCGUACCUCAAAGACCCAGUUGGCUUUCCCAGGGUUAUGAUGCUGGUGUAUCUGUUCUAUGCUCUGCCCCUGCUGAUUCUCUUCAUAUAUGGUCUGACAACACCUGGAUGCAGCUGGAUGUUGGACUGGACUCUCUUCUUCGCUGGUGCCAUGGUUCAGACCCAGUGGUGCCAUAUCGGAGCAUCUCUGCACUCCCGAACUCCCUUCACGUACCGAGUUCCAGCAGACAAACGGUGGCCUGUUAUCGCUCUCAAUGUGCUCCUCGCUGCUGCGCCGGCUCUCCUGGCCCUGCGCUGCCACAACAACCCCGCUUAUUUUAUGAAACCUGUUCCCAAGGGACAGACCAAUGACCAGAAGAAGAAAGACUAGACCGCACAGGAGGCACGGACUGUCGAGGAAUACUUCACGCUGUGACAAGUCUAAUGUUUUCUGGGGACUUUUUGGUUGCACAAACUGCUUUAACUACACAAUCCUUCAACCCUAAAACCCAGAGGAAAUCUAAAAACAUUCCUCUCAGAGUCGACUGUUAAAAAUCAGUCACCUCAUGCAGCACUCCCUGCAUGGACUAUUGGACCCUGAUAAAGAGACUGUUGAUGGAGGCAAGGACUGUGAUCAGAUCUCACAGCUCUCAGGUGACUCAUGCAGAUACAAAGUUGGCAUCUUUAGUCUACUAACCUGGAUCAUACAGGUCAGCAGCAAAUUCUGUGACAGUCAUUAGUGUACUUAUUUCUGUGCAGAAAUCCAGACCAAAACUUCACAGCUUGUUGCAGAUUAUUUUUGCAGGGAAAACGAGCACAGCUUCUAUACUUUUCAAACUGAGUAUAUAAUAAAUGUUGAGGGGAUUUACCGAGUACUUGAAAUGCUGAAUAACUUAAGAUCAGCUGAUAAGGGAGAUAACUUACUCCAGCUGCCAAAUUGAUGAAGUAAAAAAAAAAAAAAAGAGGGACACUGUGUAACAUAUCCGGUAAUCCUUCAUGUCUUCAAAUGAGUGGUUUUGUCUAGACAGUCCAAAAAGAUAAAUAUUCCAUAUUUGAUUAUAUAAUACAGAUAAAAGUGCCACAUUGCAGAAACUGAAACCAGAUAUGCUUUAAAAAUGACUCAAAUGAUAAUAAAGCUAGUUUUGUCCA